UAGAGAAGCGGCUGUACUGUUGACACCGUGGAGACGUUUUCAGUCGGGUAACUUUACACCACUCUAUAUAUUAUAGACGUGGGAUAUUUGUACUGAUAGUGAUAUUGAUUGUUGUAAUGAAAUAUGUGUCUGUUUGUCUCUUCUCAGUUGUCAUGGAGCGAUGCUUUAGGUAGGAAGAGCUCAGGCACUAAGCCACUAGCUUCUGUUGUUGACCGUGCGCUUCAGUGCCCGUUAGCUUGCUGCGAUGCAAUUAACAUCACAAUGCUGUCAGAGAAUAAAUGUCAGCAGGGAUGGUUCCGCUUCUUGCUCCCCACCUCCUCCAGCAUCACCUCCUCCCUCCUCUCCCCCGUCAGCCCUGACCUCUGCUCCCCAACAAGGAAGGCUGAGUUUCACAGGAGCCAUGGUGGACGUCAGUAAGUGGCCCCUGUUCUCUCUGCUGAGCACCGAGGAGCUGGCCACGGUUCGACAGGCCUGUGUGUUUGGAAACUCUGCCAAUGAGGCCAUCUACAUCACACAUGCCAAUGAGGUAUUUGCAUUUGGGUUGAACUGCAGCAGCUGCCUCGGCACAGGAGACAGUCUGAGCACCGUUGUGCCAAAGAAACUGGACUUCCUGCAGGGGAAGAAGGUAGCCGGCCUCAGCUAUGGAAGUGGACCUCAUGUCCUGUUGGCGACAGAGGACGGACAGCUGUUUGCUUGGGGGCACAACGGCUACAGUCAGCUGGGGAACGGGACGACCACCCAGGGACUGUCCCCGCUGCCGGUCGCCGCCAACCCGCAGAACAAGAAAGUGAGAGAAGUGGCGUGUGGCUCGCAUCACUCCAUGGCCCUCACUCUGGAUGGAGAGGUCUUCGCGUGGGGUUACAACAAUUGUGGUCAGAUUGGCUCGGGCUCCACGGCCAACCAGCCCCACCCCAGGAAAGUCACCGGCAGCCUGCAGGGCAAGACCGCGGUCGGCAUCACGUGCGGACAGACCUCCUCCAUGGCUCUGAUCGACAACGGAGAGGUUUAUGGCUGGGGCUAUAAUGGUAAUGGACAGCUGGGUAUCGGAAACAAUGGGAACCAGCUGACGCCUUGCCGCCUCACCGCUCUCCAGGGGCUGUGCAUGCAACAGGUUGUGUCGGGCAACAGCCACUGCCUGGCACUGACCGAUGAAGGGCUGCUGUACUCCUGGGGAGCCAACACCUACGGUCAGCUGGGGACCGGCAACAAGAGCAACCACCUCAGCCCGGUGCUGAUCAUGGCGGACAAAGAGAGGAUUGUCGAGGUCGCAGCUUGCCAUUCAACACAUACGUCAGCAGCCAAGACCCAAAGCGGUCAGGUGUAUAUGUGGGGUCAGUGUCGGGGUCAGUCCAUCGUCAUGCCACACCUCACGCACUUCACCACCACCGACGACGUCUUCGCCUGCUUCGCCACGCCCUCCGUCAUGUGGAGGCUCAUGUCUAUGGAGCACGACGACUUCAUGACCGUGGCGGAGGCUCUGAGGAAAGAGUUCGACAGCCCGGAGACAGCCGACCUCAAGUUCAGCGUCGACGGCAAGUGCAUUCACGUUCACAAAGCUGUGCUGAAGAUCAGGUGUGAGCAUUUCCGGUCCAUGUUUCGCUCCCAGUGGACGGAGGAUCAGCAGGACGUGAUCGAGAUCGGCCAGUUCUCUUACCCUGUCUACAGAUCCUUCCUCCAGUUCCUCUACACGGACGCCGUCGACCUUCCACCCGAGGACGCCAUCGGCCUGUUGGACCUGGCCACCUCUUACUGUGAGAACCGCCUGAAACGACUGUGUCAGCAGAUCAUCAAGAGAGGGAUCAACGUCGAAAACGCCUUCACCUUGCUGUCUGCCGCCAUACGAUACGACGCUGAGGACCUGGAAGUGUUUUGUUUUCGUUUCUGCGUGAACCACCUCACUCAGGUGACUCAGACCGAAGCCUUCUGGCAGGUAGACGGAGCGAUGCUCAAAGAGUUCAUCAGCAAAGCCAGCCGCUGCGGGGCCUUCAAGAACUGAGCGGUACUCUUGACGUUACCGCGUCGCUGCUCCACAAACAUCAGGUCGGAUCACAUUCCGAAAAGAAAGCUUUCUUGAAACGUUGAUUUUCAUAUUUACCGAGGCGGAUAAGCAGCGUUCUCUAUAUGGACUGGAAUUUUAAGCUGCUUUAUCGGCAGAUCAGCUCUUUGGCCAAUUCCUGUGGAGGUUUUUUUCUUCUGUCUCGCUGCAUUGAGCUCUCUUCACGCUGUACUUGAAUUUUUGCUUGUUCUCUCGGCCAGUGCUAACUCUUUUUUUUCUGACAUUCAUUCGUUCGGGAGACCAAAGACCUGGUUCAGAGGACAGAGUCUGUGUCUGGCACCUGAAAGAGAUGUUUAGGUAGAAGAGCUUUGACUUAAACUGGCCAGGACACAAGAACCACUUUACCGAAACACAUCAAUUUACAGCAAAAGUAGCUCCUGGAUGUGUUGAAAGUUUCAAUUUAAAGUCGCUCUUGAAGCUCAUUUAAAGGCGUCAACGUACACAAGUUUAAAAACCAUUGUGGGAUGUAUAAUAAUUUCCUUUUUAUACUCGAGUCUGUUUUGUUUUGUAUGAUCAUUUUACCUGACUUAAAUAUGUUGCUCUAUGGCACUUUUAAGAAACUGCAGUCGCUUCUUUUUCUUGUCAUGUAUCGAAGGCAGAUGGCUUGUUGCAGACGCUUUAUAUUCCAAGGAUGACCUUCUAUUCCUUUUUUUUUUACUCUGGGACUGACAACAAACUGAUCCACGGUGUCUGUUUUCAUCUGUUUGUGUUCUCGGGGCAAAUGCAAAAAAACCAAGGGGCAACUCAGUGAGACCAAAAUGAAUCCUGAGUGAUUCCUCUGUAAUUUAAUCACAUUUUAAAGGACAAUACACUGCAGGCUAAAAAGCAAUAUGAACGUCCGUGAUUAAACAGUGAGAUGUUUUGUUUAUAUUCUGUCAGCUUGGGUUUAUGAUGACCAAUAACUGCCUGCAGGUCCUGGUUUAUUACUUCUGUUGCAUUACUGGGUAAUUAAUGUAAGCGGUAGAAAAAGAGUGUGAUUGGCCAGGUCAGCUGACUUGUCAGAUCAGUUUCGUUUUGUUAGGUUUCUAUUUCUCCAUCAGACAAGCAGUUUGAUUUGGUCUGAGCUUGCUGGUAAGUAGGAACGCUGUUUAUUAUCAAAGCAGAGCAUCAUUCAGGUUAGAAAACAACUACAGAUGAAUUGAGGUUAGGUUUCUGUUCUUUAGCGGAAUUAGGAGCAAGUUUACAAUUUAGUUUUAGAUGAAAAGAAAAAGAUUGUUCUGCUUACUGUAUUAAGAUUAAAGUGUAUUUUUACUGUACUUUGUUUAUAUUUUAUUUACAUAGGACAAGUUUAUAUUUAUUUGGUUCAGCACCAUGGUUUACUUUGAGGUGAUCAGCACUAAAGUACUGGGAUCUCUACCACUGUUUUUCUGCUGUUACAUAACUGA